AUGGAGAACAACCAAAUUAUGAUGAAAGAGAAGCUGGGAUUAUUUGGGAUACUCAAAGAAACCUUAACAAUCCUUUACAAAAAUCCUAGCUUCAUCAUCCUCACCUUCCUCACUUCUCUCCCAUUGUUUUGCUCUUUACUAGCACAUGAAAUCAUCUUCCAGCAAACCCUCAUUGAAACGGCCAAAUUUCUACCACAAGAAGAUUCCUACAAAGAAAGAUGUUCCGUUGGUGAUAAUGGUGUGUCAUUUUGCUGGUAUCAGGUGAUUGAUCCCCUAGAUACAAUCAAAGAAAUAAUAGAAAAUGUCACUGUUAGGUAUCUUUUAUUGGGUCUCUCAUAUUUGGGGAUUGUUCACCUUCUUGACCUCUUCAGCACAAUUGUAAUUGUCAAUUCAGCAUCAGUGAUCUAUGCAGGAGAGAAGCGCAUGAAUCUAAAGGAGAGGUGGCACAGAUCCAUCGAAGGAGUGAGUCUUAAAGGGCCUUUGAUCACAUCCAUUUAUGCUCUUCUAAUGUCUUCCCUUUCUUUGCUUGGAUUGGUUUCUUUGGUAACACAAUUCUACAUGAUAUCAGGAGCUAUCCUGAUCACAAUCUUCUUUGGGUUGCUGCUCUCCAUAGCUUGGUUGCCAAAACACAUGGAGUGGAAUGCUAUAUGGAACAUGGGUGUUGUGAUGUCAGUCUUGGAAGAGAAGCAAGGGGUUAUAGCACUAGGGGUCUCAGCAUAUGUUAGCAGAGGUUGCAGGCGUCGUGGCCUUUUCUUGAUGCUUAUUUUCUUUGUUUGGAGGCUCGCUCUAAGACUAUCAUGCUUGUAUGUGGGAUGGUCUGAGGGAGGAAGUGGAAUUGUAGUAACGGCUGUGCAAGUUAGCUUAGUUUGCUUUGGGAAUGUGCUGAAGUGGGUGGCUUUCAUGGUUUAUUUCUAUGACUGUAAAAAGCGGUUUUUGGAGAAGAAGGUUGAUGUGGAGCAAGGAAGUACAGCUGAAGCUCUGAAAUAA